CGGAGUGCGUGCGCGAGUGAGAGCCGGCCAGGACGGGCAGGCACACGCACGCACUCUCAGCCACUCGCUCACACCCCCUCCACAUGCAACAUGUCUCUUCUAAUAGACUCGUUAAUCGCUUUCUGCGACGUGACAACCAUAGGACUGUGCGGGCUGAUGAAGGUGCCGCAGAUCUUGACCAUCGUCAAGGCGAGGUCUGUCAAGGGCCUCAGCCUCGCUAGCCUCCUACUCGAGCUCACCAGCUACUCCAUUAUGCUCAGCUACAAUGUGUACUCUGCUUAUGCUCUCAGCACCUACUUUGAGUACCCUUUAAUGGUUCUCCAAGACGUGGUGAUGGUAGCAGUAUUUCUGGCCUUCACUGGUCGGCUCUCACCAACAGCUUUUCUUCCCAUGGCUGCUGCUUCAUACUUUGCUUACUCUAUAGCCUCGGGAAAACUUCCUCAUGUCCUUAUAAAAACAUUGGUGGGUUUGUGCACACCCAUUUCAGCCAGCAGCAAGGUGGUAGCUUUAAUAACCAUUAUACGUUCUAAGAAUUCGGCCAUGGUCUCCAUUCCUUCGUGGUCAAUCUCUGCAUACACUUGUGUUACUCGUAUAUUCACAAUCUAUGUGGAGUCGGCUGAUCCUGCCCUUCUGAUGAAUUUUUGCACCUCUUUCGUUCUGAACAUGUGCAUCAUCAUAGCAGCUAUUGCCUAUAAACCAAGAGAGAAAAAGGAUUAAGUUCUGUAAAGAAAUUUGAAAGUGACUCCUAAUACAUUUCAAGAUAUGUAUUUAGGGAGAUAAAUCAAUUAAAUGUUCAAUGAGAGAGAACUGAAAACAUUAUUCCUGAAAGUGCUAAUAUUUGCUGCUGCAUUGAAGUUUGUUUUAUGACUGUCUACAUAGAUUGGCAGCCAAAAUAGUUUUACAUUUCUUGACAUUCCAUACUGCAUGAACCAACCAAUUCUCAGGGUGUUCAAGACAGUGUACAUGAUUUCAAAAUAGGUUAAUAUAUAGUUACUGAUAAUUAGUUAUUUCUCUUGGCAUAGCACACCUUGUUUUUACUCAAGUUCCUGUAUGUAAAACAUCUGUAACAAGUGACAAUAAAUAUCACAAAGUUUACAACAAAAACAUUACGCAAAUGAAUUUUAUAUUGCUGUGGGAUGUUAGUUUUAUCAAUUAUAUUAGCACAAUGAUAGUAUAACUUUGAAAAAUAUCUUGUAGCAUUAGUGGAUGUAGACAUAUUGCAGUCACUCAUUAAAUUGUUUUUGGAGCUAAAAUAUUUAAGGGAGGUAUUGGAAAAUAUUGUGCAUCUAGAAAAGAAUUGUGUCCUCAAGAUUGGAGGCCAAUUGCUUGGGGCUAGCUGUGCCCAAUUCUUCAGGAUGAAACAAGGGUGGUAGGGGACUGUCAUAAGCAGGUCAGGGUCAGCCCCAUUACCUCUGUUUAUGAAGGAUUGGCUUCUAUUGUGACUACCAAUGACUCCUAUGAAGUCUGAAAUGGGGGGGGUUUGUUUUUCAGUUUAAAGUUUUCAGCUGUUCAUCACACAAUGUAUUAGGUUGUUACAACAUUGCAUUAAAGUAACACAAAUAAAGGCAACAUUGUCAUUACAUUGUGUUUCCUGGGGUAUAUUGCAUGUUCUGAGAGAUAGUGGGAAAAGGGGGGGGGGGGGAGAGAGAAUGGAAGUGGACAGUAUGGAGAGAGAGACCUGGGCACUGCCAGGUAUCUAAUAUAGUGCCAUAAUUCCAUAUCAGUGUAUAGUUCAACCUCCAAAUCUGAAUUUUCAAAUACCAGUAGUUCAAAUAGGGUAUUUCUCCAACAAAAGCUGGAGCGGUAAUACCGUGUUGUGCAUUGGUCAGCAGUUGGCUCGCAAUCGAGUGGUCCUGGGUUUGAAUCCCUGGCAAGGCAAAAUGUUAGGACGUGUUUUCUUGCAUCUGAUGCCUCUGCUCACCUAGUAGUAAAUAUAUAUCUGAGAAAUAGCUAGCCAAGUAUUAAAUUGCAUCCUUGGGAAAGUCAUUUGUUAGCCUUGGGACCUUGAACAUUCUAAAGGGCUUCCUGUCUCCAGCAAUGAGAAACAAACAGUUUGGAGAUUGAAAUGAUCUAUAAAAUGACACAUGAAUCUUGUUGGCAUGGUAACUGCCAUUUUUUAAAGGAUUUACUCCAGCAAAAUAUGUGUAAUGUGUAAAUAAUAUACCAAAGAUCAUGGCUGUCUAUAGAAACUUGAUUUGGAUACUCUUAUCUUUAAACUGGUUAUAAAAUUUAUCCAAUUUAGUGAGAGGUCACUUGUAGUUGAAGUCCUGUCAUAUCCAAAGGUCAACAGUUGGCAUUUUAAUGCUAGAUUAUGUUUAAGAUAAUUGUUACAUAAUACAUUACAAUUAUAGUACAAUAUAAGUAAACAAUUUCACUCCAGUUUCUCUCUAGCAAGUGAUGUAAUCAGUGCAUUCCAUUGUUUGUACCAUCAUAAGCUUUCCAUAAACAAGCAGUCUAGUUUUGAUCUAAAGGUCUGUUGACGUUUGAAUUCCUUUGUAAUUAUAAUAAUCCAUAACAUUAAUUUUAAAAUUCAUCAGUCAAUUGAAUAAUUGUGUGGGUGGGCAGGCAAGUAUGGAUUAGUUUGUGGGUUCAGGGGUGUGUUUUGUGGGUUGUGAUCAUACUAAUAAUUUCCUAAGUGCAGUUACAGGAUGAAAGCUAUGCUUGUGAUGUCCCGUCUUCCCAGUACUUUGAUACAUGAUGUUUUGAAACUAGUGAUGGGUUUUCAAGAAUUCCUGUCAGUUUUGUUGAUUCCUGUUACUAUUUUGAAUGUAGCGAUCAUAUCACUUUUUUUUUUAUUUUGUCCUCUAGCUUUAGUAUAUUUAACACCUAAAUAUGGUGGGUGUGUUGGUGUCCCAGUGGGUGGAUAGGGAUGUGUACUCACCUAGUUGUGCUUGGGGGGGGGGGGGUUGAGCUUCAGCUCUUUGAUCCCACCUCUCAACCAUCAAUCAACAGGUGUACAGGCUCCUAUCUACACUUAAAACGGUGUAUGGAAGUGUGUUGGUGGGUGGACAGGGAUGUGUGUGUAAUUAGCCAAGUAUAAUUACCUAAGUGUAGUUACAGGAUGAGAGCUAUGCUUGUAGUGUCCUGUCUUCCCAAUACUCUGUCAUAUAAUGCUUUGAAACUACUGACAGUUUUGGCUUUCACCACCACCUCACUUAGUUGGUUUCAACCGUCUACCACUCUGCAAAAGAAAACUUUCUAAUAUUUUUUGGGUACCUUUGUUUCCUUAGCUUGAAUGUGUCCUCUUGUUAGUGAAGUUGCUGGUUUCAGGAGUUCCUCUUGGUCAAUUUGGUCAAAUCCUGUUAGUAUUUUGUAACUGGUGAUCAUAUUUCCUCUUUUUCUUCUAUCUUCUAGUUUGUUAAUGUUUAACGCUUCUAGUUUCUCCUCGUAACUCUUGUUUUUCCAUUUCAAAAUUAAUUUUGUAGCGUUCCAUUUCACCUUUUCCAGUUUAUUGAUGUGCUGCUUGAGAUUUAGGGCACCAUACAACCGCUGCAUAUUCCAACAUUUCAUUCCAAGUAUGUUGGUGGGUGAACAGGGGGUGUUUAUGGGCAUGCUGGUGAGGUGUGUUCUGUUGUGCUUUAUUCCGUUUAUAUUUGAAUGGAAAUAUAGUACUGUACAUGCAAUACAUUUAAUGCAUUGCAUGACAAAGGGUUUGUGUUUUAAUCCUAAGUAAUGCUAUAAAUAUAUGUUUUCAGUAUUGUAAUAUAUGAAUAAAAUUAUUGGUAUUCUGUCUGAAUCAGUUUACCACUUGAGUGUGUUAAUGAGUGUUGAUUUGGAAGAGACUAUUUCAACAUUUUUAAUUUGUAGGUGCUAAUUAGAUUUUGUGGGCAUAUUUGGGCAAAGAGCAGUAGUUUACUGGGGAAAAUGUAUUCUUUUUUGGAUGUCUUGUCAGGUUUUGUCUAAAAUUUAUUAAAAGGUUGCAUAUACUAUACUGUUCUGUGAAGAUGCUAUUGGACUUUCCUACAUCACCUUCAGAUCAGAGCUGUAUGGAAAGUUAGUUCAUGUUUAUCUAGCUAGUUUAGGAAAUUUUCAGCCACAUUCAGUUCAUUGGAUUUGAAAUUGGCAUUAGAUGCAUAUAUUGAAAUUUACCCAAUUUACUUGAGGUCUAGUGACCUCAAUGAGGACAGGAAGCCAGUGGCUUGUCAAAGGCCCCCCCUCCCCCCCAAUUUGCCUUGAUGAGUAGAGUAGCUUCUGUUACUUUUAGAGUAACUCCUUGGGAAAUCGGUGAAUCAUUCUCAUUCCUCCAUAAAUACCAAAUUGGAUGUUAAAUUAUGGUAUGAAUGAUCAUCUGGUGUUAGAAUAUAUAUUUUGUGGGCCACUUCUUUGUUAAAAAUGUUAAAUAUACAAACGACUUAUUUAAUAAACUCAGUAUAAUUUGAUUAUUUUUGUAACCAUUGUCAAGGCUGUAAGUACAUGGCCAAUUGUUAGAAUGAGAAUAUUGGUGAAUUGUUAUAUAUUUUAAAGUAAUGAAUGUAGUAAGAUGCCCUUUAUGAUGAUGGGACCCUUAAUAACUUCCCAGGCAAAGUGCUGCUCCAGCUAAUCUUUGUGGAGGUGCCCCCAAGUCUUUCAGACUCGCCUUUCUCUACUCGGAACCAGAAUUAAAGCCUGUCUAAUGAGGUGAGGGCUUAGAGAUUAACCCAAAAGUGAGAAAGGCUACUAGAAAUCAUAAGUGCAACCAAAGACGCAGGUAAAAAUUGGGUAUCUGCAGGUAACACAACAAACAAUAUAAUCUCAGUGGUGCAGUGGUAAAACACUUGCCCUGUCCAAGCAAAUCUCUUGCCAUUUUAAAGUGAGACUUGGUAGCACCUUCUCGGACUCUUCAACAAUACAAAAGUGUUCCCCAAGAUAGUGUUCCAAGUACAGUACUACUAUUGUUCCUGAUUGCCCGCAAUGGUUUUCUUUCCUGCCUUCCUUCUGGCAUUUUCUUGGCCCUUAUGACUAUCUUGCCCUGUGCUGGGUAUUGGCCAUACAUGUUUAACUCUUGGGCAAUAAUUGGCAUGCCACCCUUCUCCUUAUUGUCUAAACUGCAUUGUCCCUCUUACAAUCGUGCAUAUCCUUGUUGAAUAUCCCAACUUUCAUGACGUGCGUGUCUUGCUUCCCAUCUGUCUCUCGUGGUCACUUGUCUCUCGAUAGAAUUAUUGUAGAAUCCGAUACCUUUGAUAUUGCCUGCCUUGUGCGCUUUUGUUCUCAUAUUGAUAUUUAGCGCCUUUUGAACAAUUUCCUGUUACUUUGAUGGUGCUACAUAGUAGUAGUACUUUCUACUGUUAAUUUCCUAACCUUAUCUCCCAUCCCCCUGCUCUUAGACUGAUUCUGAUCUUGGUUCCCAAUGGGCAAGGGCGAGUCUCUGGGCUGUUGCUCCUCUCUACACCUUGUCUGGACUAGCACUGUGCUAGAGAAACUACUAACAGCCUCACCCUAAAAGAGAGUUUUAUUACAUUCAUUGCUUGAUUUAUGGAUACCCUUUAGCAGUUUAAUGUACAAGUGUAAUUACUGUACCUAAGUGAGAUUACAGAAUGAGAACUAUGCUCAUGGUGUCUAGACUUCUUGCCCAAAGUUCUUUAUGUGGUUCUCAGGUGAUCGUUUUCUCUAGAACCACCCCUAGAUCUUUCUUUAUCAUACUUUUUGUUUUCUUCACAUAAUUUAUGUAGGUUGUGUGUGGUCUGUUCUAUUCCACCUAUCAUAACAUGACAUUGUAUAAAGAGUACAAUGUUUAGUGCCAUUCACAAGCAAUACGACAUGGUAGCAACAAAAUACAUGUUUCAAUUCAACCAUGACUUGUAGACAAAAGCUUUGAACUGUCAUUGAUUUAUCAAACUAAUUUGUGUCAUUGUUUUGUAAUCCCAUAAAGAUUUCUUUGUUAGCAUACAGAUUUGUGUAUGAUGUGAAGACCCAGUCUGAUGAAUAGCAAGUCAUAGUAUAGUAAUAGCAUACGAGUUAUAAUUCUUAACUGUUUAUCUUUGUAAGUCAACUUAUUUGUUAAGGUAAUUUUUUAUCAAAAGGUAAUUUACUAUCUAAAGUUCACCACCUUCACUUUUCCAUUUUAUAAAUAUGCAUAAGAUUGUUUUUAAAUGUAACAUAAUCCUUAUUUUUAAACAUCAUUAAUGCUAACCUUAAUGGCUAUAUACAUUAUUUUGCAUAGAAAAUUAAACAUAGGCAUGGCAAGCAUGUUUGUAUUUAAGGGUGUCACGUGACAAAUGAAACAUUGUUUUUGCACAUACAGUGGAACCUCGGUUUACGAAUGCCCACUUUACAAAUUUUUUGGUUUACAAGCUCAAUUUCUUUGAAAAAUUUGACUCGGUCCUCACUUGGCAAGUUUGUGAAUAAUGUACAUGUAUGGGUCGACGGAGCACGUGGUUCCUGGUGACAAGGGCUCAGCCCGAUUCAAUUUACCAGUGCCUCCCACCUAGUUAUAAUAAAGCUUGUAUUCUUUGUAAAGAAUUUCCCUUUUUUCUGUUUUUUUGUUUCUGAACAUAAGUAAUUAUUAUAUAUUAUGCCAUGGCUCCCAAGAAAUUAAGUGGUAAGAUUCAACCUAAGAAAGCAAAUGUGAGGAUGACGAUAGAGAAAAAUCAAGAGAUCAUUCGUAAACAUGAAAAUGGUAUGUGGGUUGUUGAACUAGCUAGGCAGUACAACAAAUAUUAACGAUAUGUACCACACUUGCUAAGAAAAAGGACACACUGUAGUGUGCUAUAGUGGCAAAAGGCGUAACAAGUCACGAAACAAACACAAACACUUGAGGAUGUUGAAAAGUUAUUAAUUUGGAUACACAACAAGGAGUUAGCAGGUUAACAGAGGAAAAACAUUUGUGUUUGGAAGGGGACUCCCCUUCCAAACACUAACACCUCUCCUUCCCCCCCCCCCCCUCCCACCAAUACCUCGCCGUCUUCCAUACGCCAACAAGAGUCAUCAACAAAGGUGAGAUAUAAUUUGUACAUAGUGUAGUACAAAAUAUUUGUAGUGUAAUAUAUGAAAAGUUAAUAUUUUUGGGAGUGGAACAGAUUAAUUUACAUUGUUCCUUAUGGAAAAAUUUGUUUCAGUUUACGAACCGUCUCUGGGAAAGCAUUAAAUUCGUAAACGGAGGGGCCACUGUACAGUACUGUACCAGUACUGUAAUUUCUUGAUGUAUUUUUAUAUUAUCAUGUAUAGUAAUACAGAAUUUAUACACAUGAUUACUUUACAUGAUCACCAACCUUAGCAGCUCUCGCAUCAUGUAAAAGAAUUUUAAUUUUGUAUUAAAAAGGAAGUACUGUAGGUGAUUAUUUGGGAAAAAAUGAGGCAAGUUAGAAAUACUGAGUAAUUUUAUCUUGGGUAAUGUAUGGUUUGCUUAUAGCAAUGUUCAGCAUAUGCUUUUGGUUUGGCUGUUUCAGCUGUUUCUUAGGAUAAGCAACUGCUUUUAUUAUGUAAAGACAAAAAUGCCAUUAGAUCCAUAAUUAAAGUUUGUGUUAGGUACAAUAGCGCAGUACACUAAUUACUAGGCUGACCCGCUCCUCCAUGGGAGGUAGUUUAUUACUACUUCAUGGCUGCUAGCUUCUAUAGCAUUUAGUACAUUAGUACCAUUAGUAUAUAGCACUUCCUGGUUUUUUAUCCAACCAGCUUGUUGUCAAAUCCAAUUGGUUAACAAGUAUGGAAUCUAAUAAAGAUUUACCUUACUGUGUUAUGUCUGAGGUAGUGACUCAAGACCCAAGAAUUUGAUUUGCUCUCUGCCCAUAUACAUUGUGGGCAACUCUGCCUUGCUGGCCCUCUAGUCUAUAAAACCCAAGAUAUAUAUAUAUGUAGACAAAAAUAAGAUUAAAGCUAAGAAUUUGGAAGCACAAAUGUAAUUUUUUUUUUGGACUUGUUGAAUUUUUCUAUUUAAAGAAUGCGUAAGUGUUAUCCUGGAAAUUUAAUUGUAAAUGCAGAAAAGAAAUUGAGAGGAGAUUUUGAUGUUUAUUGCAUUUAGUUCACCCAUGUGUGCUUCCAUGUGCAAGGGAUUCCACCUCUUUAAUUGAAUUGGAGUACCACUUGUUUCAAAAUAGGCCAUAUAAAGUGUUACUGUAUUCUUUAAUGCCAUAUUUAUAGUUUCUUUUAUUUUGGUUACUUUUUAUAUGAACAAUUGUUGUAGUUAUAUGUGGGGUUAAUGUUUUAGUACUGUACAUGUAAACAGUAUUAAUUAAUCUGUUGAUAUCCUUUGUUUUAUAGGUUUAUGGUAAAUUAAUGCAUCUAUUGGAUGCUGUUUUUCAUAUGUCAUUUCUCAUUUCUAGUAACUGCAGACGAGUAUGUAUAAAACGUUCUGGAGAAAUUUUUUACCCAUUUGUGUAUUCAUAUAAAUCAGAAUCCGGCAGUCAGAUUCAUAUACUGUAAAUCAAAGAAAUAAUAUUGUAAAUAAAAUCUUGGGUGAAAGAAUCAUGGGAAGAAACUGUCGAGUCUCUGAAGUAGUUUUGUAAAAUAGUUAUCCAUACUUGAGUACCUGUUACUUUAGAAUAGAGGAGCUUUCUAAUAAUUAUCUAAGUUUGUUAGGAGAAAAUAUGGUAUAUGUUUGUAUAACAUAGGCACAAAUUUUCCCUGAUUAGUAGUUUUCGGAAUUCAUUGAUUUUUAUAAUAGUAAGCAUACCAUGCAUUUUUUUCCUACAUUCCAGGGUUUCUUGUUCAUAAGGCAUAAUGGCCUUCACAUUUUUAUAAUAUUUAUGCAUAGUGCAGGUUUUGUGUGUUUCUAUAUUUUAUUUCUAGUCUCAUAUUUCUAGAUUUUUAAUAAAAAGUAUGAAAAAUGGUACAGUAUAUUUGUAAUUCGAAUGUAUAGCUUUAGGUAAUAGGCCAUUUUUGGACUUUUCUCUUAAAAUAAACAGCUACCCAACUCCAUACAAAUAUUUUACAGAUAAUAGUACAGUACAAGACUGUUAGUUCAAUAUAUUUAUUAAUGUACACAAGGUAGAACCUAAACAUUGGUGGAGCAACAAGCAACUGUCUGCAGAACAUUUGUUCAGCUGUAGUUUGUAUUUGUGAUAAUUCUUUGUGGUGCAUUAAAAUAGUUUCUCCAGUA